AUGUGACGUCACCGCGGGCUGCUGGUGUUUGUUGUGUCAAGAUGGCGGCAGUGAGAUGAAUGGGGUUGUCUCGCUACUGUAGAAAGUUGAUGGUGGUAUUUUAACAGUUUUUUGCUCUCGUGUUUGUCUUCUUUUCUGUUUGUUUUAGUUAGUUACCAUUUCUUUUUUUAAGAAGAAGCAUUAGAAUGGCAAUAUGACACAGGCCAAGAAGAAAAAGCGGACGAACCGCAGUAUUAUGCUGGCGAAGAAGAUCAUCAUUAAGGAUGGAGGAACGCCACAGGGAAUAGGAUCUCCCAGCGUGUACCAUGCAGUGAUCGUGAUAUUCCUGGAGUUCUUUGCCUGGGGUCUUCUGACUGCUCCCACCCUAGUGGUUUUGCACGAGACAUUCCCAAAACAUACGUUUUUGAUGAAUGGCUUGAUUCAGGGAGUAAAGGGUCUGCUCUCAUUCCUGAGUGCUCCCCUAAUUGGUGCCCUGUCAGAUGUCUGGGGACGCAAGUCCUUCCUGCUGCUAACGGUCUUCUUUACCUGUGCUCCCAUUCCUCUCAUGAAGAUCAGCCCUUGGUGGUACUUUGCAGUAAUUUCUGUGUCUGGGGUAUUUGCUGUAACUUUCUCUGUGGUAUUUGCUUAUGUGGCCGACAUAACCCAGGAACAUGAGAGGAGUAUGGCGUAUGGAUUGGUUUCGGCAACUUUUGCGGCCAGCCUGGUGACCAGCCCGGCAAUUGGAGCCUACCUUGGGAGAGUGUAUGGAGACAGUCUGGUGGUGGUACUGGCCACGGCCAUUGCACUGCUGGACAUCUGCUUUAUCCUGGUGGCCGUGCCGGAGUCCCUCCCGGAGAAGAUGAGGCCGGCGUCCUGGGGAGCCCCCAUCUCCUGGGAGCAGGCUGAUCCAUUUGCAUCUCUGAAAAAGGUGGGCCAGGACUCUACAGUGCUGCUGAUCUGUAUAACGGUGUUCCUCUCCUACCUCCCUGAAGCUGGCCAGUACUCCAGCUUUUUCCUGUACCUCCGACAGAUGAUGGGAUUUUCACCAGAAAGUGUUGCUGCAUUUAUAGCUGUGCUGGGAUUACUCUCUAUUAUUGCACAAACUGUAGUCUUGAGUUUACUGAUGCGGUCCAUCGGGAACAAAAACACUAUUUUACUUGGCCUGGGCUUCCAGAUUCUGCAACUUGCUUGGUACAGCUUUGGAUCAGAACCCUGGAUGAUGUGGGCUGCUGGUGCAGUUGCAGCUAUGUCCAGUAUUACCUUCCCAGCAGUCAGUGCUCUUGUGUCCAGGACAGCUGAAGCAGACCAGCAAGGUGUGGUUCAGGGGAUGAUCACUGGGAUUCGAGGGCUGUGUAAUGGCCUGGGACCGGCGCUGUACGGGUUCAUUUUCUACAUAUUCCAUGUGGAGCUUAAUGAACUCCCAGUGAGUAACAGUGGCCUGGGAGCUGAGUCUGAAUCAUCACAUCACUCUCAACACAAUCAUCAGAGUUCAAUAAUCCCUGGUCCUCCGUUCCUGUUUGGGGCAUGUGCUGUGCUGCUCGCCCUGCUGGUGGCGCUGUUCAUCCCUGAGCACACUAACAUGGCCCCACGGAGCAGCACCUGGAAGAAGCAUCUGUCAGCCCACAGCCACCCCCACAGCCCCCAGGCACCUGGGGAGGCCAAGGAGCCACUCUUACAAGACAGCAACGUAUGACCGCUGUUGCUUCUCAGGCGGUUUCUAGAUACAUCAUUUGGCCAUUUUUUAUGUAUUUAUGGAGAUGCCAGGUAAUGGAAAUUCAACACGAGUGUUAAGAGUACCAUUUUGUAAUAUAUUUAAAAAUUGUCCAAAGGCACUAUUGCAAUAGCUCUAUUUAUUGAAUUCAAUAUAGUUAGAGAGGAUUUUUUAUACAUUUUUGUCAUAAAUUCUACAU